AUGGCGCACAUCAACAAAGCUGUCCCGGGGAUAGACCAGUACAUCUCCUUGAAUGAGCCUACCAUCGGCACAGCGUAUCCCAAGGACAUUUACCCUCAGAAUGCAAACCUCCCUGAGCUCUUCAAGCCGCUUACCCUCCGCGGAGUGACCUUCAACAACAGAAUUUUUGUCUCCCCCAUGUGCCAGUACAGCUCGGAUGACGGGCACGCCACGGACUGGCACUUCGUCCACAUCGGCGGGUACGCUACGCGCGGUCUCGGCGCAAUCUGCAUGGAGGCCACCUCGGUGGUCCCGGAAGGCCGCAUUUCUCCCCAAGACGCUGGUCUCUGGAAGGACAGCCAAAUGGCGCCCCUGAAGCGUAUCGUGGCCUUCGCGCACUCACAGGGUGCUAAGAUCGGCGUCCAGCUUGCCCACGCCGGGAGGAAGGCGUCCACGUACGCGCCCUGGGUGCACGCCGAUAUGGCGAAAACCUGGAAGGCGCCCACCUACGUCGCCGGCGAGGAUGAAGGCGGCUGGCCCAACCACGUGUACGCGCCGAGCGAGAUCCAGUUCUCGGACCAGUACCCCAAGCCCAACGCCCUGACGGAGCAGCAGAUUGCUGACCUCACCGAAGCGUUCGUCAAGGCCGCAGAGCGGUGCAAGGAAAUCGGCUUCGACUUCAUCGAGGUCCACGCGGCGCACGGAUACCUGCAGCACGAGUUCACCUCCCCGCUCUCGAACACCCGCACCGACCAGUACGGCGGCUCGCUCGAGAACCGGCUCCGCUUCCCGCUGCAGGUCACCAAGAGGCUGCGCGCCGUGUGGGACAAGCCGUUCUUCAUCCGCAUCAGCGCGACGGACUGGGCAGAGGGCCCCGAGAAGGACCCCGCCACGGGCGAGUGGAAGCAGUGGGGCAUCGAGCAGAGCACGAUCUACGUCGGCGAGCUCAAGAAGCUCGGCGUGGACCUCAUCGACUGCAGCUCCGGCGGGAACUGGGUGCAGCAGAAGAUCACCGUCGGCCCCGGGUACCAGGUCCCUUUCGCUGAGGCGCUGAAGAAGGCGCACCCAGACAUCCCCAUUGGCGCUGUGGGCCUCAUCACAGAGCCAGAGCAGGCGGAGUCGUACCUGAAGGAUGGCAAGGCAGACGCCGUCUUCCUCGCGCGCGAGCUGAUCCGGAACCCGCACUGGGCCAUUCACGCUGCGCAGAAGCUGGGGGCCGCCGUGAAGCCCGCUAACCAGUACGAGCGCGGUUGGGCGGAUGUCCUCACUCCGGCGCGCCCCGGUGAAAGCAGCCACCGGCGCGGCGAGGAGCAGGGCACUGGUAAGGAGCACUUUGAGCAGAAGAAGCCGAGCCCGUUGUGAAUGGUUGUGACUGCGUUGUACAAUAGUGUAGAGGGACAUACCUGCCAUAAAUGUGAAUUGUCUUGUAGAUCCGUAUAUGAAGAUUUU